CAGUCCCAAACCAGCUCUCCUCUACCAACGGUCACCCCAUCGCCCACCCACCACUCGCCCGAACAACCCCAGCUGCCGUCGACUUUCUCACGGAGCGACUGCCGGUGCCACAAAACGGUAGACACCCCUCCGACCGACCCCAUCGUGAGCCGAUAUCCAGCCCGCGUCUUGGGAUUUAUUCUCCGGAUCAGGGUCUCUUUCUUCCCUCCUUGGCCGCCCUUGGCCUCUUUUUGGAUCAUUUGCCACCAUCGUCCUCGUCCCUCGCGGUGGUCUGGCCCGGCCCAACCCAGUCCUCGACGGUCGACUCUGCGACUCUCGCCCGUCUUGUCUCGGCAGAGUCGAAUCGCGUGGGCCCCCUGCCUACCUCCCCCCGAGUCGACCAGCUGGACCGCCUGUCGUCUGAGAUCACCCUGGCGGCAGCAUCGACCGAACCGGCAGCAUAGGCGGCAACACCAGCCCGCCUGCUGACCCCAGUCCAGUCGAGUCGAGUCCAGUCGAUCCCCCGACGACAUCCCCGACGACAUCCACCGUGCUCGGCGCAACUGCCCACCCUCGGCAACCAUGUCCGACGGCGAGGACUACGGCUCCCCCGAGGCCGUCCAGCCCGGCGGCGGCAACAGCGGGCGCCAGCACACGCCCUCCCACCGCAAGGGCCCGCGCUUCAGCUGGACCCCGGCCUACGAGGCCACCUUCUUCCGGUCGCUGUGCGAGAGCGUCAAGCUGGGCCUCAAGGACAACCACAGCUUUAAGCAGGAGGCCUGGGACCGCGCCGUCCAGGCCCUCGCCGAGCGCCACGCCGCCUACCCGAACAAGGGGCACCUCAUCAACAAGAGCGACAAUGCGCGUAAGAAGUUCCGCCUGUGGAGGGGCCUGAGGGAGGACCCGGAGUUCCUGUAUAACCCUAAUGCGAGGACCGUCACCGCGAGCGAGGAGGCCUGGAGGGCGCACAUCGAGAGGGAGCCCCUUUCGAAAUCAUUACGCAACCGCCCCUUCGAGCAUGAGGAGUACAUGGAGAUCCUCUUCCCAGACGUCGUCGGGUCCGGCGGGGCGCCAAAGCGGAUAACGAAGCCGCGCCGCAAGGGGACAGACUCGAUGAUGGAGGGCGACGAGAUGGACGACACCCCCGGCACCAACGUGCUCAACCUCCUCGGCGCGGACAACUCGCUGUUCCAGUCCACGCCCAUCCAGACGCCCAUCCAGCCACCCACGGUGCCAUCAAACGGCACCGUCCGGCCCACCUCGACGACCAUGCCCCCGCGGACCUCGAUCGCCUCGUCAAGCGCGCUGACCCCGCCCGACGAGGUGCCGACCGAGCACGCCCACGCCCAGAACGGCAACACGCGCAAGCGCUACCUCGGGUCCAACAACGGCGCGGGCCCGUCCGGCGCCGGCGAGAAGCGCCGCCGCACCGCCAACAACAACUACAUCGACCUGACGCACUCGGCCCAGCUGGCCAACCCCGAGAACCCGUUCCAGCUCGGUAGCAACGGCGCCGCCGCCCCGAUCACGAACGGCAACGUCAACACCAUUAAUACUACUACCAAUGGCAGCACAGCAAACACCAAAACCAGCCACCAGCACGCCGCCCAGAACCCCCAGAGCGCCGCCGCGGCCGCCGCCCCUACGACAAACGGCGCCACGGCCAACAACACCAACAGCAGCAGCACCAACAACCCCCCAGGCGGCGGCGCGACGAACCGCACGCAGCACUUCCAGGACGCGAUGAUCGUGAUAGCGGAGCAGAUCCGCGCGCAGCGGCUCGUGCCCGCGCAGCCGGCGGCGCCCAACUGGCCGCAGCAGGCGAUGGAGGUGUUCUUCCGGGACUUUGGCGACGAGGAGAUGGACCUGCAGAUCAAGAUCGGCGAGAAGGUGCUGUGCGACAACAACAAGGCCAUGAUGUUCUGCAUGAUGCCCGAGGACCUGCGCCGGCACUGGGUCAAGCGGCUGCGGGAGCUGCAUAACCUCAAUGGUGGGGGCGGCGGCGGGGGAGGUGGGGGUGUUGUGGGCUCGUCGUCGAGGGCCGGCGACAUCAAUAUCCCCCCCGGGGGCGGCGGCGGCGGCGGGAUGAUGGCUGUCCCCGGGAUGCAGAUGGGCGCCGGGCCGAUGGGGGGCCAGGGCAAUAUGCUGCGGAACGGGAGCCAGAUUGGCUGAUCUGAACCGUCCUUGGUUCCCGUCUUUCCAUCCAUUCAACAAUGAUUGAUCGAAACAGAUACCCACACAUAUGCACACACACACACACACACACACACACACACACACAUCACACUUCGGGAUCUGGAAAAAAUGCUUUCACAAACGGAGUUCAUCUGGCUGGAUUGGGUUUUUUUUUCUCGUCCUUCUUUUUUUUCUUCUUCGGGAGGCUGGUUGGUUUCUUGUGAACAAGGAGAAAAAUGGCACGGGAACUUCUGGCAGGGGCGAGCGGGUGGGCGGCUGGGUGGCGUUUUCUUUGAUUUCUUCACACACACCUCUUCUUCGUUUCGUUGUGUGUGCGGCCCCGCCAGACCCAAUUUGUUUUGCAUUGUGCUGCCGCUGCUUUGAAAUAAACUCCACAAGGGAUUUGUUUGAUUGACUUUAAUUGGAAAGCGUUGAUGUGGUGGAGGAGGAGGG